AUGAAGAUGUACUUUGAAAAGAAUAUUGGAUAAAUAAUUUAACUUAAUGAAGAAGCACCUCAAGUUGAAAUUUCCUCAUAAUCAGAUUAUGUUUUAUUACCUGAUUUAAAAUCAAUGGUGGUCAAUUUCAUAGAUUUAGAGAUUGAUGAUCACAAUGAAUUAAACUUAAAUUAAUCAAUGUAUACACUUUCGUCGACAGCUGCUUCAAGUAUUAAAUUAAAUAAUUUUAGAUAAUAUAUUCCCAGUAAUAAGAUAAAGUUUAAUCGAUGAAUCCUUUUGCUUAAACUCAGAGUGUGAAGAAUUUUGA